GCCGAGCGUGACGUCAUUCAUCGGUACAGUCGCGCGCAUUCAUCUAGACGCCGCCGCUGCUGCUGAGAGUACAUGGAUAAACAAUGUGCACUUGAAUUGAUAUUUCGUGCCCCUAAACGAUAUGGGAUUAUUAUGUCCAUCUUUUUAUAUCAUCAUGGUCUGUGAAACCGAAAGCAGCGUUUUAAAGUGUUCGGAAAUGGCUCGUACCGCCGCCGCAGAGAGAGGUAACGUUAAUGCACACACCGGGCAUCUGAACGAGCGGCGUGCUAGUCCGCAUUAUUAGCGGGAUUACAGCUGUCACAACAUUGUGUUGCUAAGUGAUGUGUCAGGCUCACUGAUGUAAGGUGUAGAGCAUCUCUGAGUGUGCUCGUUCCACUCUGGGGCAUCAGGAUGAGUGGAACAGGGGAGCAGACUGAUAUUUUGGCUGUGGGAAGCGUGGUCCGAGAGCGAUGGAGAGUGUUGAAGAAGAUUGGUGGGGGUGGCUUUGGGGAGAUUUAUGAAGUCUUGGACCAGGUGAACCACAUCAGUGUGGCUUUGAAAGUUGAGUCUGCACAGCAACCCAAGCAAGUCCUGAAGAUGGAAGUUGCAGUUCUUAAAAGACUUCAGGGUAAAGACCACGUUUGUCGUUUUGUCGGGUGUGGACGCAAUGACCGCUUCAAUUACGUGGUCAUGGAGCUUCAGGGAAGGAACUUGGCAGACCUUCGACGCACCAUGACUCACGGCACGUUCACCGUCUCCACCACACUUAGGCUCGGCCGACAAAUUUUAGAAGCCAUUGAGAGCAUCCAUUCUGUGGGUUUCCUACACAGAGACAUCAAACCGUCCAAUUUCGCAAUGGGACGCCUAGACACUACUUGCCGAACGUGUUACAUGCUCGAUUUCGGUUUGGCACGCCAGUUUACAAACUCAUGUCAAGAAGUCCGUCCACCACGUCCAGUGGCAGGAUUCAGAGGGACCGUCCGAUAUGCUUCAAUUAAUGCCCACAAGAAUAAGGAAAUGGGUCGACAUGAUGACCUGUGGUCUUUAUUUUACAUGCUUGUGGAGUUUAUGGUGGGACAGUUACCCUGGAGGAAAGUCAAGGACAAAGAGCAGGUGGGAAAUAUGAAGGAGACGUACAAUCAUCGCCUCAUGCUCAAGCACCUUCCAGAUGAGUUUAGUGUUUUCCUUGAUCAUAUCUCCAAUCUGGACUACUACACUAAACCAGAUUACCAGCUCCUGAUGUCAGUCUUUGACAACAGUAUGAAGAGCUAUAAUGUGGUGGAAAAUGAUCCGUAUGACUGGGAAAGAACAGAUUCAGAGGACACACUAAAUAUUGGAACCCUCGGUACCACAGCCCAGCAGCUGACCCGCCUCACACCUGCAUACUUGGGUAUGGCCAAUGCCUCUGUGAUCCCAGGCGAUCUGCAGCGCGAGAACACAGAGGACGUCCUCCAAGGUGAGCGCCUCAGCGAGGCUGAUAAUUGCGCCCCCAUUCCAACGCAGCCUGCGCAGGUAGCGGAUGUCUGGGAGGAUGUGGAGCACAGCCGUGACCGAAACCUCAACCAUGUUCAACCGCAGAUAAGAAAGGUGGCUAGUGAGGAGGAGCGAAGCAAGGAGGGAAACCAAAGCCCCAAUAGUGGCUCCAUCCAGGGGUCUCCCAGACGGGUACGCUCGGAGACUUUGCUCAUCGACCGUGUGGCUCCUCUGCUUAGAAGGAUACGCCACAGCCAGAGCAUGGGGCUGGACAAAAGACUGACCCCUGAGCCUAAACCCACUAUUGAACGCUUCUUAGAGGCCUAUUUAGGGAAGCAGCGGCAAUGCCUGCCCCAGGACCGGUCUGCGUGUCGGGUUGAGCAGGGCUCAUUGGAGGAUGAGGAGGGGGCAGCCAGCAGCGGUUUUGUGGCUGUCAACCUCAGCCCGGUCCCCCAAGUGGGUGACUCACAGGAGUGGGUCCUAGUGGAGCUCGAGGGUGGUGGCGGUUCAGCUGGAUCUAAACCUGAUGAGGAGGAACGCUCAGGGAUCUCGCCACGCUCCUCCAGCCCUCUCCCCCUGCCUCGCACCUGGUCUGACCCUUUGCCACAGCGCGCCAACUGCCUGAGCAACUUAGGGGAGUUCCAGGCAGGUGCCUGCCACACUGGACCUCCAUUCACCCGAUUGCCGUGUUUGCCAGGCAUUACAGGCCUAUCUGGACUGUCUGGACUGAGGAGACUGCCCACAAUCCAGCCUGCGUCAAUGGUCCACCACGGCAGGACUCAUUUUGAGCAGUCAUCCAAUGCAGUGCUACAGUCCGUCCAGUCUCAACAGAAGACGGUCGGUGAAUCUCAGCCUGACAACCUGUCGGGCCCUCCAGAAAAAGAGCACAACCACGUGCCGGCUAACACCUCCCCUAAAUGCCAUAAUCCUGCAGAUGAAAACUUUGUAUCUGUUAAGGCCUCUGAGAAGGAUGUGGAGAGUGACUCUGGGUAUCCUGAUGGAGGACCUUCUUUAACUCCUAACCAAGGUGAAACUAAUGGACACAGUGUUGAGGCAGCUCCGCCCUCCCCUCGUGAUCUCUCCCCGCGAGCCAGUCGCAUCCCGGUCCGCGAUCCGGACUCUCCUACCCGCAGGGGUUUUCCGGCUCCGCUUUCCCCAUCCCUGUCGCUGUCCUGUGAGCACUUCCCCUCGGCUCUGCUCCGUGACAAGUUCACCUUCCCUGCUGGCUCCCGUGGGUCAGACUGGCAGGUGGAGGAGCCGCUCUCUUUGUCGUUGUCUUCUGGCCCGUUGUCAGGCAAAAGUAAGAUACCGAGGCCCAUAAGCCCCACGCUUGUGCCGGAGCAACUGUCUGCUCGAUUCGUUCCUCGACCGCCACCAGGAAAACCACCUCUACGUGCAGGCGGCGAGAACAGACGCAGACGCUACCGCAUACGUGCCAGCAGCACCGGUGACGCAGAUCUUCUGGACAACCUUACUCAGCUCAUGCAGGAGCGAGGCGGGCUGGGCGUCAACUCCUCCUCUCGUUACCAACGCACCACCUCCUCCUCUCUGCAGCGCUCGCUAAGCUCCUCCCCUUCUCGUUUCGAAGGCGGUCAUAGCCAAUCACCAAGUAGCUGUUCAGCCUCCCCACCUCCUCGAAUCAGUGACUUGCGACUGAAUCAUGGGUCAGGGCUCUGUAGCCGAGUCAGAGCGGGAAAUCCUGAGAGUAAAGCCACAACCAAAAUGAGCAAAUAAAAGACAGAAGUGAUGACAAGAAUCGUCAGUCAUUUAAGAGGUGGUUUUAGAAAUGUUUAAAGUAGCUAUCAUGCCUGUAGCUUUUUUACAAGCGGUGUUUGAUAAGUGAAGGGAUAAAAACGUGAUUGUGAUUACUUGAACGCAUUAUGUUUUUGUCAUUUUAUGAAAUAUUAUCAACGUGCUGAACUUUCCAGUGAUGCUGUGACUUUUACCCCCAAAAGUUAUCCAUUUCAUUUUUUUUAAGGAUUUUUUUACACUCUGUAUAGUUUGUGCCAAGUACUGAUUUUCCGUUUUAAUUUAUCUAAUUUCUGUCUUUUUUCACAUUCUGGAUUUACAUUUGACAUGUUUACAAUUUAAGGCCACUAACAGUGUAAAUUGUUGAAUAUUGAAAACAAUGGGGCUGAUAGUAACUCAUUGUAUACCGUCAGACAGAUUCAGCAUUUGUGGGAGCACUAUAUACAACUCUAGCCUUACACUUUUUUUAUUAUAUUUAAUCAUUUUGUCCUUUAAUCAUAAAUUACACUACUCAUCUUAACUACUCAUUUUGAUCGCUAUCUAUCUAUACAAUGUAAUAUCACUUAUGUAUAGAUACAUGUGGUACAAGCAAGCAUGUGUAUAUAUGUAUUUCAGGGAAUGUAUGUACUGUAUCAUCUAUAGAAUGUAUUUAUUUAUUUAUUGGAUGUGUUAACUGUACCUGAUGAUGUAGCUUUAUUACUUGCUACUGAGUGAAUCUGCCAUCACGUUAAGGGUCAGCAACCUUGCAAUUGCCAAGUAUAAUCUCUUCCACGCCUGUUAUAUCAUACUAACUCAGUCACUGUAAAAAAAGCAUAACAAUAACCCUUAAAACAACCCUUAAACAGAGCAAGGGACUUUGUAAUAGCCCUAUUAACAUUUUACUUGAAUACAUCAGAAAGAUGUGAGCUGUUUGAUAUAUUGGGUGUCCAUGCCUUGAUGGAUUACAGUUUUGGGGUUUUAUUUAAAGUGGCCUGAAGAAUACAGGAAAGGUAUUAACACAAUUUAGAAUUCAUUGUGUGCUGUGCAGCUAGAAUAGUUGUUUUGUUCUGGUUUGUCUAUUUUGUCUGGAAAUACAUUAACUACAUAACGCAUCAAUAUAGACCCGUAACAAUGGUGUACAUCUUAAGAAUUGUACAUAAUCUGAACUGUAUAUAGAUAUAAAUAUAUUAAGAGGAAAGUCCACCUCAUGCUUCAUGUACUGUAUUUUGCUAACAAACAUAUUUCAAUCAUGCAAAAGAAAGUCACCAUGUUGGAAUGUAUAUGUAUUCAUAUUAAUGGAAUAAAAGAGUACUCUUCAGUACCCGACACCCUUGA